CAAGUGUCCUCUGGAUAUUUGUCGCUGGAGGUUGCGAUUAUCUUCUAUCCUCAUCUUUAAGCUUUCUCACCUCUUUCUAACCCCCAUCUCCUAUUAUUGUGAUUAACAUGGUGAUACUGAUGCGAUUGCUGUGACGCCAUAUUAACAUUCUUGCACACAGACGCGCUCCUUGAGUGAAGCUGAAUGAUGCAUCCUUCCAUGUCCAUAGACAAUGGGUUUGCUCUGUUUAGCCAUUAUUAGGAACCCCUGUCUUUAUAUCAUUCAGCUCUACUAGCACUGUUACUGCUGUUCCUGCAGAGCUAGUAAAAUGCUGGGCAGGCUCUUAAACACGGCAGCUUCGGCUUUCAACACUAAUCCUCAUUCUCCGCGUAAUCCUACCCAGCUUGAAUCUGUUACAGAAGAAGAGCACACUUCCGGUCUCCUGUUCCCCGAUGUCAGUGUCCUCCAACGCUCGCGAACUCAUACAUACCCACUCCAGAUCAGCGCCCUCUCUCCAAAUGCCGCUGCUGCCAGCAGUUUUGAUGAUAAAGGUGGUUUAGACCUAGAUGAGACGAAGGAUUUUCGGAUCAUUAUUGCUCAAAAUGCAAUGGGAGAUCGUGACGAACCCUGUGUUCUGCUUGAUACUUUGAACCUUUUAGGAGCAGAAACACCGUCCCGAUCUUCUCAGGGAUCGCCGCUGGCAGAAACGCCUCGUGGGAGACAUUCUCGGACUUCGAGCUCAUCGCAAAACGGACGAAGACAUGCGGUACAUGGUUCACAGUCGUCCAUUCCAGAUCUAAUCCCAAAUUCGCCCUUCACUGACUCGAGAACCCGUGGUGAUGUUGGUAAUAUGAGCGUGUUUUUUCGUGCCCGGAACCGAAGAUCUACUUUCUCCACCACAACCGGCGAGGAUUACCACCAGAACCGCCUUUCUGGUGAUAGCGGUGACUCGGGCCUCUUGAACUGUAUAUUUGGAAGCAGCGCCUUUAGUUAUCGUGCGUCAUCUACCAAAAUGCACAUAGUCCCUGCUGGUGGAGAAUCUCCAUACGAAAUCGGAAACCGUUCAGUUCAGCGCCCAUCACAUCACCAACGAGCGGAGACCUUUAGUUCCCCAUCGAAGCCCAAAGGCCUAUCUCGUGAGCUUAGCGUCGCAGACCAGGGUUCUUCAUCCGCAACAAAGAUAACUGUACUGGUCACCCGGAUGUUUAGCGUCAAUCUUCCCGAGGCGCAGGGCCUGACUGCCGAACCUCCCGAGCCUCAACUUUCGUCGUUUGCUAAGCUAUUCUAUUAUAAUGAUUCGGCUCAUUACAAGAAACGAAAGAUAAAAGAGAAGAAAACCCCAAUGUAUGCCGUUGCCAUCGCCGUGCAACUUCCAGUGGCUAUUCGAAACCAUGGACGGCAGUACAGCCCCUGUGGGCAAGAUACCCUGAAGCCUCCAGGGUUGAUAUCAACGUCUCUAGAUUCUGACAAACGAUGGCAUUUUGCUUCUGAAGAUGGUUCAACAUACUUAUCUGCGGCUUCAAAUCUAGAUGAAAGAAUUGAUACGCUUGUUGACUAUUGGGACAUCAUCACUCGCAUGCUUUCACAUCUUGAGAAGGUGGCGAGUAAAGAGAUCCUUUCGCUUCUCAAAGAGGCCGACCUACUCACAAUUCAGCGGCCCAAGCCCAUUAAACAGCCACCAAAUAUGCAGCGGACGAAUCAAACUAUGAUCCACUUGCCUCCCAAUAGCCUUGCGGGUAACGUAGCUCUCCAGCAGGAGACCUUACGCGCGAUUCACCGAGUCUCUUUAGCUCUCAAAAUCCCACGUGUUGUGACAGGGCAAAGUCGAUGGGGUGUUUGGAGGGAUGAAGCCCGAUGGAUCGCUAAAUUUCUAAGUGAGAAAGAGCAUAAUUUUUUCUUCCUAGUCUUAAUUACAGCAUUCCUCGGGAACCAUACCGAUUGGCUUGGUUCACUUGGACCUGAAUGGCACAAACGACGCCAUAUCUUGCAACAAAGAGCGCAGCAAGAUAGCGAACUCAGCAUUCCAAAUAGAACCGUUAUCAUAUCGCCCUGUAAAAUGACGGCAAGGCGAUUGAUAUUCGUUCUUUCUGCAUUUUUGCCAGCUCAACAACGGCCAGAUACUUUAUCGUCACCUCUACGCCCAAGCACUUCUGCUUCCUUGCGCCAAACUUCUCAGAGCCCCCCAAAUCCCCAGUUUUUCCGACGAGAAUCGCUUCGUCGAACACUUAAUAGGCGAGCUAGAACUCGUAAUUUUGUCGACGAACAGGAGAAUUUUAAGAGAUCCGCAAGUGUUUCGUCGAAUGAAACAACCAAUGCCCUCGCCGACGACCUCGAGUUUAUGAGUAUCUCAGCUCGUCAAAUUCGCCGAGACUCUGAUGUUCGGUCUGUUAAAACCGCUAGCCUUCCGAUUCCUGCUAAUAGCAUGAGUAUGCGGAAAAGCAGUACGGCCAUUGCUGCUCCUGCUGUACCUGGUACGGCUACACCCGUACCGCACUUUGCCUCUCAACGUGGGCCCCGACAAAGGGGUACCACUGCCGGGCAGUCUGAGAACGUCAGCGCAGCAUCCGCCAAUUUAAUGCAAACUCUCCGACGGAGCGAAAGCUCAAAUGCUGGUUCUACCGGCAGUGAUUAUCCCACCCCUAGUAGAUGGGGAAGUUUGCUCUCCAAUCUUUGGAGUUCUCGGGAAACGUCAUCAACGGCUAAAACUGAUGCUCCUCCAUCUCUUCGGCGAGACGAGACAGAUUCCUCGAUCUCACCUCCUCAAACCGCCAAUUCCCCCGUUUCGACUCUGGUAAAGAUGGCGGGAGAAACUGACAAUGACUCUUCUGGAAAUAUCGGAUCAGGCGAUAAUUCAGAUUUGCCUGGAACGUCUAUUCCCCACACGGAUUCAACAGAAGUCACCACGGAACUGUCUCCGGAACAGCAAGAUAUUUACGAUGAGACGCCUGCAUCUCCAGUGAAGCUGUGCGUAGAGGCAAGUGAUGGCGUUGUGGAUGUUGAGGUGCCUUUACCUGGUUUUCUAUCUCUUUCUUCCUCAAAUGAUUCGACUAUGGCCUCCCCGCGUAAAACUCGCACCUCAAUCACCAGUAUUGAUGGCGGGGCCUCGUUUCAGACCGACAAUUAUCCUUGCCCAACUACUCAAAGGGAUUAUGAAAGGCUUAAUCUCAACGUUGCGGGUUGGCUUAGUCGUUAUCACGAGGACUUUGUUCUUCAAGCAGUACGACCGUAUCCGACAUUAGAAGCCGAUGUCAGACGUUCCAUGUCUGCAGAACCAACACCAACUCACCUUCUUGCUACAAUGACUACAGUCCUUAAUGCUUCGGGCUGUUCCGAAAAGUGGGUAGAUAUCUGUUCAACGUUAAUUGCAGACACCACUUCAUCAACUGUGAAGCGGCUUAGAUUACGUCGAAAGAUAUCUAGCACAAAGUCUGGCUCGGGCCCCCUUAGUCCUACGAUCACGUCGUCUGGACGCAAGACCUCGUUUUCUGCACCCUCUUCUGCAUCAGAUCCGGGCAUGUCAAGCCCUAUUGAAACGCGUUUUAUCGAAGAAGAGUUCAUUGAAGAGCCUGUGAUGGACCUUGACGGCACCCUUGUCGACGCUGUCGAGCGUGUGUUGGCACAAUCCGGUCCCCCUUCUGCCAAUCAUUCUAGAACUGCGUCUCCUAAUCGUGGCCGCAGAGGAAGGCCCGGGCCACGUCAGCUGGGUGACAGACAGACUCACGACGCGAGCAAUACAAGCGAGGUUCCCACUUUCGAGGUUCCCCGGAAUGAAUGUCGUAGAAUGGUUCUUGGCGCCCUAGAAGAAGUCGUACGGAGUGUGGCUCUCGAGUAUCGCCGAGAAGAGUCGAGCACAAAGCUUGAUAACGCGGAUAUUAAAGGCUCUUCUCGAACGGCUAGAAAGGGGAUCGGCACCAUUGCUGAUAACACUUUGAGAGAGGGCAUCCGUAGAUGGUUGAUGGAUAUUGAAGAAACGUGUUGAUAUCGACCUCUCGUCCCCACUCCAGCAAUCUGAUCUUCCUCGUCGCUACUCCAGCUUUCCUUCCGCAACACCUACGUUCCCUCUUUCACACCUAGCAGACCCUGGACAUUUUUCCCUUUAUUUUUUUGAGGUUUUACCAUUUGAUACCCGGUUAUAACUUGGUCGGUUUUCUUUCCCCUUUCCCAGAUCAUGUUCACCACGCCUUUACUUAAUUCUUCACAUAUGCCCUACUGGGAGCCCUCUUGCGAUCCAUUUCAAGUCGACCAAUUUUACUUUAAAUUUUUUAAUUAUCAAUGUUGAUAAGUGAGCAUGCCUUCUCCUGUCAGUAGCAUUCUCGCCCGCGUGCAACGUUAUUGCCUCGUCGGUGAUUAUUCGGCAUUUCCGCAAUCUAGCUGAAUCGUCACUGGAAAGCUUUUACUUUGAAAUCUAUGUGACGGAUCUGGCGGCCUUUUGGCUUUCUUUUUUCUCAUAUCCUCGGUUUCUACAUACGAUUCGCCCAUCACUGUGAAUAUUUUAAACGUUAAUUUUCGGGACGUUUCGCUCUGCAGCGCAUUCUCCCACGCUUGUUUCUAGCCUGGGUGUUUAGUUUGGGUCCCCGUUUCUCCAUAUUCCUGCUUAGCAGGGUUGGUAUAGUUUUAGUGCGUUGGCGAGGACAUAUCGAUCAUAGCGUGGCAUAUCAUACAUGGCAUUAGGUGGGCCUGGAUGGUUGCAUGAAUGUGGACUAUUUAAGUGUUAUUCCACG